CCUCAGAGUAGAACAACGGCUAUUCUCACAGUUUGUGCCAGGAAAUUGGAUUAUGCAUUGAAGGAAUAUGAAAUGUACCAUUGGCUGCCUGUCAAAAGUCAAUCAGUGUUAGCAAUCAGUAACAGAAUGUUCUCAUAAGGAUCCAGCAAGGGCUUGUCAGGGCUUAGCACAGCGCGCAGACUUUGACUGAGUUUCAUCUCUUAAAGACACCACCUUUGUGUUUAGUUUGAUGUUUACUACAUCCUAUAUUGCUGUUAAGAAACUGUCUUUUGGUACUAUGUAUUUCAAAUGUAACAGGCUGGUUUUACUCCUUGUUAGGACCACUGAUCCAACAUUGGAAAAGCAGCUGUUGACUCACCUCCUCAGGCUACAGUGUAAGGCGGAGCUACAAGCACAGGGGCUGAACUGCAACAAAACUCAAAGAAACCGUGAAGCAUUUUUGCUCUGCACUCUGAGAGAAUCACUCCAAGGAUCAGGAGAUCCUAACACCAAAGACUUUUGAAAACGGAAAAACACACGAGGACAUUUCAAACCUAAAAAAGGAGUAAAACAGGAAGGCAUUGGCAAAACUUGUUUGGCAAGUUUGUUUUGUGGGUGAGACUUCACGUUUGCAGGGAUUUCCUUGUCAGAUUAAAAGAGAACACUUUGCUGGAACACAGGAAAGUGUAUUUCACUGUUAAAAUGGCAAACGCCACUGUACUUACCACUGUACUUACCACUGUAUCUACCACUGUAUCUCCCUACCAAAGUAUUGAGGACUGCCUUGCCACAAACAAGGCUCUGUAUAAAUUCUAUGCAGCUGUCAUAAUUAUAAUUUGCAUCCUGGCAUUGCCUCUGAACGCAUCUGUCCUCCACCUCUUCAUAUUCAAGCUGAAAUUCUGGAAAUCCAACACCAACAACGUAUUCCUCUUCAACCUGGUGUUGGCUGACAUUCUCCUGCUCUUCUGUUUGCCCAUAAAGGCAUACAACUUCAUCCAAGGAGAGAGGAGGAGUGAUAACGACACCGUGUGCAAAGCCAUGCUGUUCAUGUUGUUUUUAAACCGAGGGGCCAGCAUUGCCUUCCUGACGGUCACUUCCAUUGAUCGAUAUUUCAACGUGGUGCACCCAGGUCGAAAGAAUCUUUUAAGAGCUCUCAAGAAAUCUCCUCAUAUCUCUAUCUUCAUCUGGUUGCUUCUUCUGCCUCUCACCAUCCCCACCAUGCUCAAAAACUUUGAUUGCUGCAACAGCCAUGGCAAAAACCCAGAAGAUGCUCCAGAAGAUAUAUUGAUUAAGGAUGUGGCGGACAGUUUGCGAGAGGUGGUCUUCUUCACCCAGAUCCUCAUCCCCUUCGUCAUCCUGGUCUACUGCACCGUGCACAUCGUCAACCGGCUCAGGAAAAAGACCGUGGGCGACAGGACGAAGCUGAAGCGAGCGGUGUUCCUGGUGACCUCCGUCAUGGUGGUGUUCUCCCUCUGCUUCCUCCCCUGCACCAUUGCCAGGAUGAUUCUGCUGAUUGCCCGCGUCCAAGAAUGGCCUCUGCCCCAGCAGGAUAAAGCUGCGGUGCUCUUCGACGGCCUCAUGGUGCUCUCCUACAUAGACUGUCUUCUGGAUCCGCUGGUCUACUGCUUCUGCAGCACCAAGUUCAAAGGGCUUUACUGCUCUACUUACUUCCCGUUCUUAGUGAAGGACGGUCAAGUGCCGAUAGAAAGCUCAUCGGCGGGACACACACUCCCACCUACACGCAAUGCUGUCAUUUGAAAACCAUUUCAAACCAGGUUGUGUCUCUGUGUCAAGCAACCUAAACAGAUUACUACCUGAGACUGACAGUGUGCCACCCCCCCAAAAAAAGUGCUUACUUUGAAAGGGGACUCUGAAGGCAAGUGAAGACAGUUGUUAUUUAACUUUCUAUAGAUUCUCGAAUAGAAGUAUAUACAUAUGUAAAUAGAAAGAUCUUGUUCUACCAGAGUGUGUUUUUAUUAGCAUUGUAGAUGUACUAUAGUAGUGAUUCAAUAGAAUAUUAAUGUUGGUGGAUUUUAUUUUUGUGAAACAUGAGGUUCUUGUUAAGGGGAAUGCCCGUCUGCCAAAAAUAUGCACAUCUGUUUUUCAGUUUCUCUUGGACAGCAAGUACUUUUGAGUUAAAAAAAUCCUUUCAAAUGCUCUCAGAAGAAUGUGAUCUUUCAAAUCAUAUUAACCUCAGACGACUUUUAACUUAGCUUCCACUGUGUAACAAGCUUUAGUGAUUGAAGCCAUCAAUUAAAGCACAGAAAAUAUAAACAUGUCUUGGGACAAACAUUUUCUAUGAAGCUGCAAAUGGUAAGAAAUGUCCAAACUAAAGAAAUGUAAGAGGGAGAAUGAAAUGUAUGUAACUGAAGCAUAUAGCCAUUGAGGUCAUUACCCUAUUACAUAAGACUUAAACCUGAAGGCCCAUACAGGAAGCUGAUCCUUAAUGUUGAUUUAUGAUGGAAUAUCACUUUCUAUGCUGUAUGUAGAGAGAGAGAGGGGUUUAUAUGUUACUGUACAUAUUUAUUCUAAUAAUAAAAAGACACUUAACUGUCCCUCAUUAUGUUCACUAUUUACUGCAUAUGUGAAGAUCAAGUUUGGGUUCCAAAAAAGAACAUUCCCAUACAACUACAUAUGGGAAUACAGCUGCAUUGUCAAUUAAGUUUAGAGGGAAGCCCAUUUUAUGUUGGAUACGUUUAUUUGUUGAUGUUUCACAAAUCCAUUUCUAAAGAAAUCUGCAGCAGUCUGCGUAAGGCAAGGGUCAACAAACACAAGACUUCCACCCAGGAGACAUGUAUUUGUUUGAAAUGUGAAACCAAAAGUCUUUCACAUUAGCUUUUGUUCAAUUUGUAUCGUUUUAAAACAUCGAUUGAAUCCAGAAUGAAACAUGUUUCCCUCUAAUUAAAUGUAAUUGAGAAUACAGUUUGGUUUAAUGGGAAAAGCAUUCUUUAAGAGUCAGGGUUGGAAAAUCACAUGCCUCACAGGAACGAAUCAUGACUCAUACCUUUGACAAGACUAAACAAUACUCUGCCUUAAUUACAGAAACUCCACUGUCCAUGUUCUGUGUAAGUCAUCCUCACCUUUAUGACCUCAUUAACAGUAAUAGUGCAGUGAGUAAGGAUAUGUCUGUCUGGGUAUACUGUAGAUAAAUGCCCAUUUUAAGUAUUCCAUCAGGUGACUGGGUUCAAUGUCAUGAUGCAUCAUUGUGUAUCAUAAAACAAGUCAUUGCUUUGUAUCUGUGAGACGUUGAGUGAAUAGGUAAAACAAUACAAUGACAAAUUUGUGCCGUGGAAUAUUAUGCAACCUUAUGCAAAAGUGGAAUUUAGUCAUAAAAUCUCAUUUCUGACAAAAGGUGGGAACACAACUGAGGAAGAAGAAGCUACUUUGCCGUACACAUGCCUACAUGAUUAAAAAAAAAAGCACUGAUGCGUAUUAAAUAAUAUACUGUGUA